AUCUGCUAAUUGAACAAAUAGAUUGUUACGUAUCUAAAUGUACUCACUUUCUUUCAUGAUAAAUAUAUGAGAGUUAUGUAGAUGUAAAAUCGUAUGCGGUAUGAUUUUGCUGGGUCUAACGACAUACUUGCAUAUGAGCAACUAUUUAUGAAGAAGAGAAUGAAAAAUUUGCACUAUCUCAUCUAGUUACUGUUCAAUGAGCCACUUUAACUCAAUGUGAAAUACAAAAGUGAGCAAUCUUGUAUAAUCUCUUUUAUGAAAGAAAGUUAUCUGAUGAGGUUUCAUUGUAUUUUAAUUACAUGAUGGGUAACAAAAAGAUAUUCUGAGGUGUAUUGUUAAGAAUUAUUAGUAAAAAAAAGUAAUCAAACUAUCUUACUUCUAAAAAACGCAUUUUUGCCCGCAAAAAUGACUGUUUUAUGAUAAAAAUAAGAGGAAUUGUGUUGUAGUUGAGAUACACUCACUAUAGCUAUACUUUUACCUACAUACGCCACUAUCAGAAAAAUUUUCUACAUCUGCCACUGGUUUGGCCACCAUUAGGAUAAUAUAAUUUUUUUGUUCGAGAAAAAAGUAUGUCUCAUCUAAUUCUCAGCAGAGGCGGAGGCUUAAAUGAGAAUUGAUUGUCAAUGACUAAAUUUUGACUGUUUUCUCUGUUUCACAGAUUUUAGAUAUGACUUUACACAAGAGUAUGUCAGAGGAAGAACUUGAAUUAUUAAGAAAAUUAGAUGAAGAAAACAGGAAAAUUGAAGAAGAUUUAAAAUCAGCUAUGGUACUGACAUCUCAAAAUACACGAUCACCAGAUUCUUCCAAACAGUUAACAAAUGAGAAUAACAAUCAUUCAAGACAUGAUUCUAUUUCAAGUGAUCUUAGUAGUUUAACAUUUGAUGCUGAAGGUACGUUACUAAUAAAAUGA